UUACAGGAUCUCAAUUCAGACUUGAGAGAUGGUGAGACACGUCAACUCACUGGCCAAUCCCCACCCCCACCUUUAGCCUUCGGCUGGUUUGUUGGCACUCACUCCCAUCGUCCCAUGCAUGCAGCAGCCACAGGCCCACAGGCCCACAGGGCACAGCCAGCAGGUCUCAAGACUCAAAGGCAAAAUGACGUUACUAGUUCUCUUUCUGGCUCACACAACUUUGGUGCUCCGGUCGACCCAGACCGUUUGGUACGACCAGGUUCGAUUGUCCGGCGUAGUAAUCCGUUUCAUCCGGUCUGGUUCCUUAAUGCUUGAUGAGUUAGAAGAAAAUGAUGAACCGUCACCGUCGUUGCAGUGCCUUGAUGAGACUGAUGCAGCCACUAACCAACCAAACCAACACAAGGCAAGAUUGCAAGAAGCAGGUUCGGAUUUCGGAAGGAAGGGCAAUAGGGCAUUAUCCCACGUCAGAAGAAGACAAAACGUCAAAAUAUCCACGUGUUCAGUUCAGUUUUUUCCCCUACCCUUGUCAACUCAACAUCUGUAAGAAUUACGACUGACCUCAUCCUCGUCAUCAAACCCGAUAGGAAGGAGCCAGGGGGCAUUUUCGCCAUUGUCACGUGUCACCGCCAAAUUAGUGAUUCCACGAUUCCAGGUGAGCUGAUGGGACCCACUAUGAUAUAGCCGUUACAGGAGCGCACCGGAACGAAGACCUGAACUAGCCGUUUAACUUCCUACUUCAUUUGUUUUAAAGACAUGGAAGAGAAAACUAGCCGUUGGUCUCUACUCUCAACCAAGAAUAAUAUGGUAUGGCCUCUGAACCCUCCACCUGACUACUGUCUCCGAUUUUGUCUCCCCAACAAAAUAAUAAUAAUAAAAAUGAAAGAUUCCUUUACUCCCCUCUCUCUCACACUCGCACUCUCACCCUCUAUCUCUUCUCACUAACUAAGAUAUUUUCACUAAACUGAGAUCUUCACAUACCCCCUCCCCCCCUCUCUCCUCACAAGACCCACCUCUCACAUUUCUCACCUGUUUCAUUAUUAUCACCAUCAUCUCAACUAGAUUGCAGAAAUAAAAGCAAGCCAAUUGGAGGGGCAGAGUGGAUGAGCAAAACCAAUUCUUCCCCAAUCAUUGGUUUCUACAUUUCUGCUAUUCUUUAGUGGCCAUGGAGAACAGAAAUCAUCUCUUGGGUAGUUUUCACGUAGACCCAUUUCAUGUUCUGCGGCUACUUAUGAGAAGAACAGCCGAUCAUUGCCGGAUUUCAGAUAAAAAGGAGAAAUGGAAGAAUCAUUCCUUAGGCAAGAAACCAUUUCGGCAUGUUGCAUUUCAUAACGGGUUCUUCCUCUGUAACCACUUGUUCUUGCUCCUUCAACUACUGCUUUUCACCUGCCAUUCGGUAUCGAGCCAGCCGUGGGAUGGGAUAAUCGUCACUCAAGCUGAUUUUCAAGCUCUUCAAGCCUUCAAACGCGAAUUGGUGGAUCCUCUGGGAAUCUUACGGAGCUGGAAUGACAGUGGCUUCGGAGCUUGUUCAGGAGGAUGGGCAGGGAUCAAGUGCGUUAAAGGCCAGGUUAUAGCGAUCCAGCUCCCAUGGAAGGGAUUGGGCGGCCAUAUCACAGAGAAGAUCGCCCAACUUCAAGCUCUCAGAAAGCUUAGCCUGCACGACAACCUUAUCACGGGCAUGAUUCCUACCUCUCUUGGGUUCCUCCCCAAUCUGAGAGGUGUUUAUCUCUUCAACAACCGACUUUCAGGUUCAAUUCCUCCUUCGAUCGGUUCCUGUCCAUUGCUCCAGACUCUUGACGUUAGCAACAACUCGCUCACUGGAACAAUCCCCACUAGUCUCGGGAACUCUACGAGGCUUUACAGGCUUAACCUCAGCUCCAACGCCUUUUCUGGUUCGAUUCCUGUAAGUCUUACCCGCUCCCCUUCUCUCACCUUCUUUGCUCUUCAGUACAAUAACCUCUCUGGCUCUAUUCCUGAUACCUGGGGUGGAACAGAGAGCUAUCAGCUCCAGUUCUUGACCCUUGAUCACAACUUCAUUUCUGGAAGGAUUCCCGUCUCUCUGAGCAAACUGGAUAAGCUUGAAGAGAUAUCUCUGAGUCAUAACCAGAUCAACGGAACCAUACCCGACGAAAUUGGAAAUCUUUCUAGGCUUCGAACAUUAGAUUUAUCUAACAAUGCCAUCAGUGGAAGCUUUCCCGCCAGUCUUUUCAACCUUUCCUCCCUUGUUCUCUUGAACCUCGAGGGAAAUCGCCUUGAGGACCAGAUUCCGGACGCCGUGGACAGACUAAAAAAUCUCUCUGUCCUUGACCUGAAGAGAAAUCAAUUCAAAGGAAAUAUCCCGGAUGCUCUGGGCAAAAUCUCCAGCCUGACUCAACUAGAUUUAUCCCAAAAUGGGUUUAGUGGAAAUAUCCCAGUUUCACUCGCCAAUCUACCGAACCUAAGUUCCUUCAACGUGUCUUAUAACAACCUCUCUGGUUCCGUUCCCUCUCUCCUAUCGGAAAAAUUCAAUCCCAGCUCUUUUAUCGGGAACCUUCAACUAUGCGGGUACAGCAUUUCGACUCCUUGUCCUUCCUCCUCUUCGCCAUCUCCAUCACCAGAGAUUACGAAACCAAGCCGCCGCAAACUGACCACCAAAGACAUAAUUCUCAUAGCCACCGGGGGCCUCCUCGUGGUUUCACUUUUGCUGUGCUGUAUUCUGCUCUGCUUUUUGAUCAGGAAAAGAGCUACUUCAAGGGAGAAGAAGAAUGGCGCAGCUAGAAGGGCUGUCGCCACAAGAGGCGAAAAGGGAGCGACUGCUGCUGGAACCGAAGUUGAAUCCGGCGGUGAGGCAGGAGGGAAGCUAGUCCACUUUGAUGGGCCAUUGGCUUUCACUGCAGACGAUCUCUUGUGUGCAACUGCAGAGAUAAUGGGGAAGAGUACAUACGGGACAGUGUAUAAGGCGACAUUGGAAGAUGGGAAUCAAGUAGCGGUAAAGAGGCUGAGGGAGAAAAUUGCCAAGACUCAGAGGGAGUUCGAGGUCGAGGUUAACACCCUGGGCAAGAUUCGUCACCCCAAUCUCUUGGCACUGAGGGCAUACUAUUUGGGACCAAAAGGAGAAAAGCUUCUUGUCUUUGAUUUCAUGCCUAAAGGGAGUCUUGCCGCCUUCCUCCAUGCUCGAGGGCCUGAUACCCCCAUCGAUUGGCCGACAAGGAUGAAAAUAGCGAUGGGCACAACGCGAGGCUUGUGCUACCUUCACACCCAUGAGAACAUAAUACAUGGGAACCUGACCUCCGGCAACAUCCUGCUCGACGAGCAAACCAAUGCCAAGAUUGCGGAUUUCGGUCUCUCUCGGCUCAUGACCGCUGCUGCCAAUUCCAAUGUGAUAGCCACUGCUGGUGCACUGGGCUACCGUGCACCGGAGCUCUCAAAGCUCAAGAAAGCCAGCACAAAAACAGAUGUAUACAGUCUCGGUGUCAUCAUACUAGAGCUCCUUACUGGGAAAUCCCCAGGUGAAGCGAUGAAUGGUGUGGACUUGCCUCAAUGGGUGGCCUCGAUCGUUAAGGAAGAGUGGACCAACGAAGUUUUCGAUCUGGAACUAAUGAGGGACGCAUCCACCACGGGUGAUGAGUUGCUCAACACAUUGAAGUUGGCUCUACAUUGUGUGGAUCCCUCACCGGCAGCAAGGCCAGAAGUUCAGCAAGUUCUCCAGCAGCUGGAAGAGAUCAAGCCCGAACUUGCUGCCAGCUCCGCUGAGGAUGUUACUGGAGUUCCAUCAACAACUGAAUAACCUAAAAUUGCUGUCUUCACUUCGCCAUAUGGGGCCCAUGGGGGGUGGGUUCUGGAGUGAAAAAGAAAGGGAAACCGAAAUUCUUUUAUUACUUGAUUUUUUUUUUUAUUUGCCCAUAUGAGCUUUAUUAAGUGACUGUAAAUAGUAGCUUAUUUUAGUUUACUAAACAGUAGUAGUACGAUGUCAUCAUUUUGCCUAGGUUUGAUUGUAAUUGAUUCUUUUUCCUAUUGCUAUUUGUAGGAAUAAUCAAGCAUUGAUAGCUUUUUGAGACUA